UCCCAAAUACCAUAGUUGUCGAUGGAGAAGGAAAAUCAUCAAACUGGCAUGGAGUUCAGGGUUUGGCAAGAGGAAAAGAACACUGGACCUUCGGGAGGCUUCGUGAAAUGAAGACUGAUACAGAAGCAAAAUACCUUUUCCUCAAAGUCAUGGCAGCGCUGCUGUUCUUGGCUCUGGUGUGCCCCACCGUGGCCUCUUCUACACCCGUGUCAGCUCUGGAGUCGUGCGGGCCAGAGGUCGCUGCUCUCAAGCGCAGCAUCAAGAAGCUGGAGAAUAAACUUUUAAUCGGGAAUUGGCAGGUCGAGUACUUGCAGAAGCACAAACACUUCUGGCCAUUUCAACCUGCUUUGGAUGACACUGAAGCUGAAACUGACACAAACCACAGCAGCAGCGAGGCGUUAGACGCCGCUAACAGGACUCAGGUCGUACCGCUUCCACCUGCAGGCAAUCUGAUUGUCUAUGACAAAGACUGCUCUGAGCUGUUUGACAGACUGAGACCACCGAGCGGUUUCUAUCGCAUCAGACCCAAACCGCACCAGGAUCCUUUUUUGGCCUACUGCGACAUGGAGGACGGAGGAGGGUGGACGGUGUUUCAGAGACGUCGGCAUGGAAAAGUGGACUUCAGCAGAGACUGGGUGGACUACAGAGACGGCUUUGGGGACUUCAAACUGUGGAACGAUGAGUUCUGGUUGGGCAACGAGCGCAUGCAUUCGCUCCUCUCAGACGGUAAGAACCUGGUAAAGAUAGAUCUAAUGGACUGGGGUGGACAGAGAAGUUAUGCAUUUUAUGAGAACUUCAAGAUCACAGAUGAGGCCGAUAAGUAUCGUCUCCAGUACGGGCUGUAUAGUGGGAAAGCUGGAGACGCUCUGACUGGUGGGGGGGGGAUGGUGGAGCAGUGGUCUGCUUGCCUCAGCGGGAUGCAGUUCAGCACCAGAGAUCAGGACAAUGACCGCUACCUUCAGGGCAGCUGCGCUGAGGAGAAUAAGGCUGGUUGGUGGUACAACAGAUGUCAUGCCGCCAACCUAAAUGGGAAUUUCUACCGCAAAGGGAAGUACAAGGGCCCGAUUGACAACGGUGUGGUGUGGGGGACCUGGAAGGGCCUCUGGUAUUCCCUCAGACACACCGCCAUGAAGGUGCGGCCUCUGGUUUUCUUGGAUGUCGCGGGCAGCGGAGCGGGAGAAAUGUAAUCCUUUAUAUUCCCUCGUGUAAUCCAGAAUGUAAGAAAAAAAAUGAGGGGGAAAGACCGAUCUGUUUCAAUUCUUUUGUAUUUAAACUUCAAAAUCUUUUGUGUCAUCAUUUAAAACCAGAAUAAAAUGUUGAUGUAACAGUACAUUGUAUUUUCCAGUAAGCGCCGCUUUCUAUUACGUGUGUAAUAUUACUCAAAACAAUAAAACAAACAGCAUCUCA